AUGGGGCCCAUCGGCGGCAUCUCUCCGGGAGGGAGUAUCGCCCUUGGAAUUGUAGCCGGCCUUGUUUCUACUAGCGUACAAAGUUUAGGCCUAACCCUGCAGCGAAAGUCGCAUAUCCUCGAAGAUGAGAAGGAUCCCCACGAUAUUCGCCGCCCACCUCAUCGUCGACGUCGAUGGCAACUCGGCAUGGCCAUGUUUAUUAUCGCCAAUAUCUUUGGAAGUUCGAUCCAGAUAUCGACAUUACCUCUCCCCGUCCUGUCGACUUUGCAAGCCUCGGGGCUCGUCUUCAACUCGAUAUGUGCGACCCUUAUAUUAGGCGAACCGUUCACACGAUGGUCUCUUUGGGGAACCUUGCUGGUGUGCGGUGGCGCCUUAUUGAUUGCCAUUUUUGGGGCAAUCCCUUCACCUGCCCACAACCUCCGUGAGCUUCUAGAGCUCUUAGUGAGGGGCCCUUUCGUGGGCUGGAUGAUAUUCCAAAUCUUCCUCAUCAUCACCAUAACUCUAGUCACGGAGUUUAUCAACAAUAUCUUUCCGAAUGUCUCGCAAAACGCGCGAUUCCGGUUUGGCCGAGGCCUUGCGUUUGGCUGCAUCAGCGGCAUUCUAUCUGCGCAUUCGCUCCUAGUGGCCAAGUCCGCAGUGGAGCUCGUCAUCAAGACCCUUGUAGACGGCGAUAACCAGUUCGUCCAUUGGCAAUCGUGGAUGCUCGUCGUUACCCUCGUUAUCCUUGCUCUGAGCCAGCUCUACUACUUGCACCGGGGGCUCAAGCUCGUCUCAACCUCUGUCCUAUACCCGUUAGUAUUUUGCAUUUACAACAUCAUGGCUAUCCUCGACGGCCUGAUCUACUUCAACCAGACCAACCUUAUCAGCACGUUGCGUGCAUGCCUAAUCACGCUCGGCACGGUGAUCCUCCUCACGGGCGUUCUCGCACUAUCCUGGAGGCUUAGCGACGAGCAACACCCACCGGGCGUGGGACAAUCCUCCCUCGCACCCGGGCUCGGCCUCGUAGAAGAUACCGAAGGAGAGGAAGAGGAGGAACUCCUCAUAGAUUCAGACGUACUGGACGAAGAAUCAGGCUUCUCGUCCCAGUACCAAACAUUCCCUACUGCGUCCCGUGACCCCGAAUCGCCCUCGAGCCCCUCCCGGCGACAUUCUUUCAGGUGGCAGGAGCGCGCGGAGAUCUGGGACGAGCUCGAAGACCGCGACGAGCCUAGCACCCCCAAACACUCGCGGAGGCGCUCCACCACCCUUCCGGCGACGGAAGCGACGCAUCUCCUUGCUCCGACCCGACGGGUUGCCAGCAGCGGCGGCAUCUUCGCGCCCGGUCCCGGUUCCGGCCCAGAUUCCCCGCCGCCAGUUCAGGAAGAGGCGGAAAUCAACGGGAUUUCCGGGUUUCACGGCCCGCAAGCCAAAGGGAGGUGGCGCGCUCCAAGAUGCCAUGGGCGGUAUCUGGAAGCUAGCGUGGUGGAACAAGUCCAAGGCCUCCCCUCCCGGACAUCCACCGACGGCGUAGCAUGGCCCCGGCGCUCCAGAGACGAGCAGCGUUCACCUCGCAAUGAGGAUGACAGCCGCACCGACUCGGCUCAUCGCACAACCGGGCCGCCACCUGGACCCGUCGACGGUCCCUCUUCCUCGAGUGACGCUGUCUGA